AUGGACAGCAUGCCAGAACACCAACAGAUUUUGGCAAAGGCAGCAGAUAACAGUCAAGUAGAGAUGCAAGUUAACAAAGAACAGAAGAUUUACAGUGAGCAACACCAAGUUCAGGACAGUGAGCAUAAAAAUCAGGAGGAGGAAGCAUCGAAAUCUGAUGUUGAUGAACAAAAAGUUGAUGAAGAGACAGAUGACAAUAAUGACAAAGAGAAUAAAGUUGACGAAGAAGAUCAUAAUGUUGAGGAUAAAGGAAAUAAGGAAGACAAGGGUAAAGGGAAGGUUGUGCAUGAGGAUGUUAAGAAGGAGCAGGAACUCGACACAACAAAAUCAAAAAACAAAGAUGACGUUGACAGGAGGAAAGAAAAACGGCAUUUGCAACCUUCAGCUCAUCUUCGAUCGCCGUUUAUAGAGUGA